CCACCAGACAGUCAGUUUAGUUCAUCAGUCGCAUUCUGUCGAAACACAGUCUCACUCGAUACACCGUCUCGCGACAUCUCUCGUAUUGUUUUAUAGUUGUGUUACGUUGUAUAUUUGUUUAUUGUUAAAUAUUAUUAUUUUAUUUAAUUUAAAUAUAAUAUUUACAUUUGGUUAGUAGUGACAGUGUUAUAUUUAUUCGCACUCAAUACACUUAUUAACCAUAGUGGUGACCUCGACAAUGGACAACGUACAGCCUCAAGACGUACCACAUGUCUUUCGCGUCGGUAUCAAAAUUCCACCUUUCUGGCCUGAAGAUCCAGCCGUCUGGUUUGCGCAGCUCGAAGCUCAAUUCACUUUAGCUAACAUAACUCAAGACUCCACCAAAUAUUAUCACGCUAUUUCACAACCUGAUGGUCCAGUUAUCAAAGAAGUUAAAGAUAUAGUUUCCAACACACCAGAAACCGUUAAAAACAAGAAGUCGACCGUGUCCAUCGACCGCCUUAAACCGGCUUACUUCAUCUCUAACCCUUCAAACUCAGUUGAACGUUUACCAUCUAAACCAGCUGAUGAAGAACUUUCUAGCUCGUCCACUCAUGAAGCCGUUUCUACGAACACACCUUCGAUAACAACUCGCUCAGGUCGUCGUGUUCGCUUUACCAAGUUUUUUCAAGCAUAGCAACUCACUUCCCAGGGGGGUGAUGUGGUGAGCGCUCGCGAAUGUUCUAGAACGGUCGCGCCGUGCAACGCGUGUUGCAUGGCCGCCGCCGUCACGUCUCCGCGAGAAUCUUCCCGAGCGUUCUCACACACCGCAAUUGCCGCCCCGAGAAUAUUCUGUGGCCUAUAUAAGUGCCGUACCACCAGACAGUCAGUUUAGUUCAUCAGUCGCAUUCUGUCGAAACACAGUCUCACUCGAUACACCGUCUCGCGACAUCUCUCGUAUUGUUUUAUAGUUGUGUUACGUUGUAUAUUUGUUUAUUGUUAAAUAUUAUUAUUUUAUUUAAUUUAAAUAUAAUAUUUACAUUUGGUUAGUAGUGACAGUGUUAUAUUUAUUCGCACUCAAUACACUUAUUAACCAUAUAACUAAAAAAUAUGUAGACAAUUUUUUAAAAAUACUGGAUAAUAAAAUAGAAUUUUUUUUACUUAAUUUUCUUUUGAUUUUAAUUUUUUUUUGUAGUUCAAUAUUUAUUCUCAAUUCUUUCAAACAAAUAUAAUAAACAUUUUUGACAUUGCUUCGAGGCGGAACCAAGUGUAUUAUUACAAGAAAAUAUCUAGUUUCUUUUGGUGUGUAAUAUUAUACUGGUUACUAAAAUGUAUUAAAUAAACAAAAUGGAGUACAGAAAAAUGUACAAUACAAAUUA